UGGCAAUUAAGAAGGCCACGAUUCAACACAGGUAGGUACUCGAAUCCGGUGGAACGUGAAAGCCAUCCCAGGCGAAGCAACGAAAGCACGCAACACGCUUCCAAACCACAGUCGACUCAUGGUCAACUUCAUCCAUAAUCACCCGUCUUCCCGACCGCCGCCAAAGACCCUGUCGUAGGGCACGUCGGCACCAUGAGCUCAGACUACUCCUAUGACGAGCAGGGUCAAUUCUACCCCUUCUUCAUCUUCACCUUGUCCACCAUCAUAACUCUGCCUCUGACCUACAACCUCCUCGCGCCAUCCAAAGAUCUAGAGGCCCUCGCACCCCGAAUAAAAUCCUCGUACAAACCCGAGCAUGGCGACCUCAUUCAAGCGCAAGCCAAGGCGCAUCGGCGAAAGCAGCGCAGGGUCAAGCGCGCCAUCGCUGCCCUCCUUGGAUGGGCUAUCAUGGCCGGCAUGCUCUACCUAAUCGUCACAACCCAGCGCACAACUGCCAAACUAUGGAAUCCCUACGAUAUCCUGGGCAUAUCCGAGUCUGCCACCGAAAAGCAGAUUAAAUCCCACUAUAAGAAGCUCGGUCUUAAAUUCCACCCGGACAAGAUUCGACCGGACCCGGCCAAGAACGAGACCGUCGAGUCACUGAACGACAAGUGGGUGGAGAUGUCCAAGGCUUACCAGGCCCUCACCGAUGAAGACAUCCGGAACAAUUGGAUUCAAUACGGGCAUCCAGAUGGCAAGCAAGGUUUCUCCAUCGGUAUUGCCCUCCCCAAGUUUAUCGUGUCGGAUGGAAACGGAAAGUAUGUGGUGCUGGUCUAUGCUAUGCUUCUAGGCGUGCUUCUUCCCUAUCUUGUCGGCUCAUGGUGGUAUGGUACGCAGCGAUUGACUAAGGAGGGCGUCUUGGUUGAGAGUGCGAACAGUCUUUUCCGCGAAUACACCGAGGUCACUGAUGAAGGAGAUCUUAUCACGGCCCUGAGUUCCGGGAAAGAGUUCAGGUCCCUUCUCAAAGGUGACAAAGCCGAGUCUGGUCUGUCUAAACUAGAGUCGAGAAUUCUAGAAAAGGGCCAAAUUACCCCCUAUGCCGGCGGCCUCUCUGACAAAGAUAAGGACAAAUUGGAACAUAUGGAGAGCGGUGUUAGGCGCAAGGUCCUCGCUCUUCUUUGGGCUUAUCUAGGAAGAGUCGAAUUGGACGACCCAGCCCUAACCAGCGCCAAAUAUUUGGUGGCACCUAUCGCUCAUGCCCUUUGCCGCACCUCUACUGCCAUAGCGCUUGCAUACGGCAACACAAUACCCCUGUUGGCUUCAUAUCAUAUUGCCCAACGAUUUGUUCAGGCGAUCCCGCCGAAAGCCUCUCCUCUUUUCCAACUUCCAUAUUUCACCCCUGCUGUUGUGAAAGCGGUUGAAGAUGAUGCGAAAAGCCAUAUGAGCGUUCAACAGUUCAUGGAGCUCCCUGAUACUCAGAGAAGAAAAUUAGCGGUCGGAAAAGAUCUCCUGAACGAGCAACAAUAUCAAACAGUUAUUGAAGUUGCCAAACAAUUACCCCACUUCCAAGUUGCAACAGCCUUCUUCAAGGUGACGGGUGAAAAGUUCAUCAUCCCACAAUCUUUAGUAACAUUUGUCGUCAAAGGUCGCUUCGUUCCACCAGGAAGCACCGAUGUACCCGCUAUUAAUGAGAUCGACCUUGAAGACGUAGAUCCACCGGAAGAUGAUCUAGACGCUAUGCUGGGACGCAAGAAGACGGUCAAAGAUGCUAGUGGGAAUUUGAUCACCGAGGAACACAAGUCAAUCACGCCACCUAUUACGUUCGCGCCUUACUAUGCUCGAGACCAGUCGCCAAAAUGGCACGUCUUUUUGUCAGACAGCAAGCAAGAAAGAAUGGCUGUCCCUCCUUUCACGUUUACAACGUUUGAUAAACCAAUCUACACGCCUGACGGAAAACCCACCUACAACGUGCAGACUUUGAAGGCUCAAUUUGCGGCGCCUCCACAGGCGGGCAAGUACACCUUCGUGAUGCACCUUAUAUGCGACAGCUACGUCGGCUUCGACACCAAGUUGGAUGUCACACUAUCCGUGGAAGAGGCUAGCAAGGCGGCCCAGAUGGCGGCGGAAGAUGAAAUCAGCGAGCCUGAAGAAGAUUCGCUUGCUGGUCAAAUGAGUGCCUUGAAAGGUGGCGCCACCGCCAAGCGGAAGCCUGUCGCAAAUGAUGACUCCGAUGACGAAAGCGGCACCGAGGAGGAGGAGUCGGAUACAAGUGCUACUAACACAGACACGGAGGAUGAGUCCUAAAGCAUCAGAUUUAAUAUUAUUCUUGUUUUACAAACUUGUUUAACUUAUGGCAUAGCCGAACCCGGAGAACAAGAGGCUGUGUUGCCCAACGUUGUGUCUUUGUUAGUACCAUACUGGCUCUUGUUCCAUAUAGUGUGGAUGGGACAGUCGUACGCUCUGUAGUAUUGCAGCAACCGGUAUAUGCAAAAAAAGAAGCAUAGGUCGGCGCAUUCGGCGUUGGGGUGCUGUACAUUUGGUGUGAUAACAGGUGACCGGGAUGCCUCACAUCACAGAUGUAGGUGGAGGAAAAAUAGAGUAUAGUCUUGUUUAUUCUUAUAUUGAGCUAGAUUCCGUCUGCUUCAUCAGUACUUAAUGACAUGAUACAUGUGUUUCCGUUUAC